UGUUGGAGUGGUUUGUUCCUUGGACUUGUUGUGCGGGAGGCUCUCUGUGGUCUCGGAUUCCGGAUCGGCCAAGCGUGGGAACCAGCCGUGCGCAACGAGCGUCCGCCCGCGCCCUGGGCGCAGCGCAAAGAGGCGCUCCGGUGCCAGGCAGGAGGCGGCGCUCGACCCGUUGGGCCUAUCCCCGGCCGGGCCUGCCCCUUCCGCGGUCUGGCCACGCGGAGGCCCCCUUCUCCUUCCCCGGCUUCGGGGAGCCACUCCUUCGCCCUUCGCAGCCGGCCAUGGAGGGCUACCGAGAAGCCGCCACGCGGGCGGCGGAGACGCUGCAGAGCUACCGGGAGGAUCUCGGCGGCUGGCGGAGCUGCAAACGCACGAAUGAAGUUUCUGUUUCUUGGAAGCCAUCGACUGAAUUUCAUGGAAACAUAUACAAAGCAGAAGGAAUUCUGCCUGCAGAACCAGAGGUUGUGUUUAAAUGCUUAAAACCAGAGGCUGGAGGUCUUAGAGAAAAAUGGGAUAAAAAUGUGAAGGAACUAUUGAUCAUUGAGAUAAUUGACGAAAAUAUCUGCAUCGUUAGAACUAUCACACCUUCUGCGUUCAUGAAGAUAAUUUCUCCGAGAGAUUUCUUGGAUGUGGUCCUGAUUAAGCAGGAAGAGGAUGGGACAAUUUUUUCAGCAGCAACCAAUGUAGAGCAUCCGCAGUGUCCUCCGGAACCAGGUUACGUGAGGGGGCGGAAUUAUCCUUGUGGCUGUUUCUGCGUUCCCGUCCCAGGGGAUCCAAACAGAACCCAGCUGAUCAGCUUCUUCCAGAGCGAUCUAAGUGGGAACCUUCCCCAUUCUAUUGUCGACUCCUUCUUUGCGAGCAGCAUAGCUGAGUUUUACAGCAAUCUGGCCAAAAUGGUGAAGACACUCGUGGCUUAAGCAGUAUUUCUUUUUCCUACAAAAGUUGAACCAGCAAAAUGUCUGUAUUUCUGCCGUAUUGCGAUUGCAGGACGGCAUCAAGCAUCUGGAAAAUCCCAUUAAUGUUUCAGUGGGAAAGAUUUGACCUUGUUCACUGGAAUCGGUGGGGCUUGGAAAUGCUAGGCCAUAGACUGGAAGAAAUUCUUUUGGCUUUUUUCUGUGCUAAGUGUCACAUCGGUUGGAAGAAAAAGCCCCUUAAGUUGUUGGAAGGUUUCAAACUUUGCUUAUGGAGUGAUAGGAUAUAGGGCACUGUAAUCUCUCUGUCUUUUUAAAGAAACAAGUUUCUAGUCCACAAGGCUAUGGAAGAUAGGCUGGAAAGUGUGGGUGAUGUUUAUCCAGGUUAAGGCCACAGGUUGAUCUGGAUUUCAGGUUUUGGUGCCCUGUGUAUUUCUUUGUACCUCUCGAUGACUAACUGGUUCAGACCUGUUCCUGAUACGUGCCAGAUGUUGCUUGUGUACUGCGAUUUGGAAUAUAUGGGGUGUGUUAGUGAUACGCCUGAAUUGAAAGGGUUGUUCCACCUCCACAGACGCUCCUGUGGUUUAUAUGCAAAGACUUCUUGUCUGUGUAAGAAGUUUGCAACUACAAACCAUGCAUGCAGUUGUUUUCUCAAGGAAUCCAGCCUUUUUUGCAUAGCAAGCAAACCUACUUUGCUUGCGAUGAAAACAAUUAGGAAGAACAUGCCUUCACACGUACUUGCUGGCACGGAAGCUGUUAUAAAGGCAGCAGCCACCAAGUCCCAAGUCAAGUCCCAAAUCCAAAGUAAGGCUUAAGCACAUAAACAAAAUUGGGAAGAUCUUGGACAAGGAGUUUUGUGCUCCAUGUCCUGGUGCAGUGAGACACAUGUGGAACUUCAAACCGUCAUUUGACCAAUAGCUUCAAUGAAUCGAGAAGACCUUGUGGUCAAAAAUUCCCCAUGCCCAUAAACGUUUUCCAUUCAGGUCUACAGGGCCAUCAACUAGAGCUAUGGAUGCAAAAACCUAUUACCAAGUAUUGUUGAAGGCUUUCGUGGCCGGAUUCAACUGGUUGUUGUGGGUUUUCUGGGCUGUGUGGCCUGGUAGAUCUCGUUCCUAACGUUUCGCCUGCAUCUGUGGCUGGCAUCUUCAGAGGUGUAUCACAGACAGAAAACUGAAGAUGCCAGUCACAGAUGCAGGCAAAACGUUAGGAACGAGAUCUACCAGACCACGGCCACACAGUCUUGAAAACCCACAACAACCAGUUACUACCAAGUCUCCAUCUAUUAAAUGGGCUUAUGAGAAAAUUUGCCUGGUGAGCAGAAUAUCACAGGCUCAGCUCUUGCUGGACUAUACCAGUUCAGACAGCAGGAGAACUUUUCACUACUUGAAAACUAGCUUGGUAGGGAGAAUGCUUCUCCAAGAGUCCUCUUUAUGCGGGGAGUUUUUACAUGGGGAAGAUAUUAAAAUGUGAUUUUAGAAACUGUAGUCUGACAAAGUAUCGCUCUAGAUCUGCACCAUGUCAUUAUGCAAUUAAUGUAUGGGUCCUAUUGGCCUGCCUUGCAGGGUUAUUGUGAGAUACUACUGUAUAACUGAUAAUAAUAUAAAUAAUGUUAUUAAUAAUAAAAAGGUGGUGGUUUUUUAAA